AUGUCCGGACGUCCAAUUAUACUCCGGUUAUCGAAUACUGGAGAACCAGUCAAUAACACUGCUGUAAAGAAUGGAGUAUUGAUAUUACCAAGUGCUGCACUCCCCAAAGAUUACAAGAAGGGUGAUGUUUUGUUUAAUUUACACCUUACAUUGAAUGCAGCUUCAGCUGUGUCUAAUAAUGGAACAAUUUUCACGAAUGUUCCUCGGGAAUAUUCAACAGAAUUCGAUAGAAAUAAAUUCUAUGAAUAUCCCCUUGAUACUUCUUUCCAUAGGGAUAUCUUAGUGAACAUCGCAAUUUUGAAGCCGGGAAGUUACUGUUACUAUAUUUGCUACGAGGAUAAAGAACAAAGAAAACAAACAACAGAAAAGUUUUAUUUCGUUGUGCCACCUAAUUUGACUAUUGGAGAUGAAUAUGUUCCCUUUAACAAUAUAAACAUUCAGUCGGUUAUUUCAAAGUGGAUUGGACCCUUAGACAAGUGGGAUUCAAUAUUUGAGGAUAUUUCGAAGAAGGGUUAUAAUAUGAUCCACUUUACUCCAUUGCAAGAGAGGGGUAUUUCAAACUCUCCAUAUUCUAUCUAUGAUCAAUUAAAAUUCGACCCUAACUUAUUCAAAAGCAAUGAUGAUGCUACUAAAUUUUUGAAGGAAUUAUUGGCAAAAAAUAAUUUGUUGUCUUUGACUGAUGUUGUGUUAAACCACACUGCUGAUAACUCUGAGUGGAUUAGAGAAUAUCCUGAUGCAGGUUACAACAUAGAAAACUCUCCUCAUUUGCAAUCAGCUAUUGAGUUAGACGAAAAGUUACUCGAAUUCUCUGAUAAAUUAGAUGAAUUUGGUUUACCAAAAGAUAUCAAAACACAGGAAGACUUGAAUGCAAUUGCUGAUGGAAUUGUAAAUCAUGUUGUAAAUCCCUUAAAAUUAUGGCAAUAUUAUGUUUUUGAUAAACAAGAAACCAUUGAGGCUCUUGAAAACGCUUACGGAAACGGGAAUUCAAAUAUUUCCCCGGGCGAAAUUCCUUCUGAGAUUGAUUCAAACAGUAUCAAGCAAUUGGCAAAGUUCGUUGUAGAGACGUGUAAUACCAGAGGUAAAGUAAUUUUAGAAGAUAGAUUUGGUAACAAAUUAGACUCAACUAAGUUUUUGGCUGUAUUGCUUGCUUUGCCUUCCAAUGAUGCCAGCUUUGAGACAAUUUCCAGUAAGGCUGUUUCAAUUAUCGAUGAAAUCAACGUGGACUUGUAUGCUACUUACGACGAUGAUGUCAAGUCAAUUAAAAACCAAUUAAAAGAUAGAAUUAGAUACAUUAGAAUUGAUGAUAAUGGUCCAAAGUUAGGACCAGUAUCAAAAGAGAAUCCGUUGACGGAACCAUAUUUUACAAGAUUUAAGGCAACAGAUGGAAAGCAAUGGGCAUUGGCAAAUAAUGGUUGGAUUUGGGGAGGAAACCCAUUACAAGAUUUUGCUUCAAGCGAAUCUAAGGCUUACUUGAGAAGAGAAGUUGUGAUUUGGGGUGAUUGUGUUAAGUUGAGGUUUGGAAGUAAAGAAGAAGACUCACCGCAUUUAUGGAAGCGUAUGAUCCAGUACACAAAAGAAUGCGCAUCUGUAUUUGAUGGGUUUAGGAUUGAUAAUUGCCACUCCACACCAUUGCAUGUGGGUGAAAAGUUAUUAGAUGUGGCUAGAAGUGUUAAUCCGGAUCUAUACGUUGUAGCUGAAUUAUUUAGUGGAUCUGAAGAGAUGGAUAAAGUCUUUGUAGAAAGACUAGGUAUCAACAGUCUUAUCAGAGAAGCUAUGCAAGCAUGGAGUGUUUCUGAAUUAUCGACAUUGGUACACAAACACGGGGGGCGUCCAAUUGGAUCCUUGACUUGGUUACCGUUAGACGAAUUCGCUUAUCCAGCAUCUUCAGAGCCAGAGAAAGAUAAAUAUGGUGAUUCAUAUUCUGAAUUAGAAAUUCCAAAGGCUUUAACUUCGCUGGCUCCACAUGCUCUUUUCAUGGACUGCACUCAUGACAAUGAAAUGCCCGCUCAAAAGAGAACUGUUGAGGACACAUUACCAACUGCUGCAUUAGUUGCAUUCUGCUCUUCGGCAAUUGGGUCUGUUUUUGGUUUUGAUGAAUGUUAUCCAGAAUUGCUCAAUGUUGUUUCUGAGAAACGUACUUAUACAUAUGGAGAAAACGGUAUCGGUAGUAUAAAGCAAAAAUUACAUGCAAUUAGAAGGUCACUCGCUACCGAAAGUGAGGAUAUCCUGAGAGAUCAUGAAAUGUAUAUUCACCAUGAAGGUCAAUAUAUUACUAUUCAAAGACAUAACUCCAGAACAGGUAAGGGUUGGUUUUUAAUAGCAAGAACAAAGUUUCAUGAUAACUCCGACCACCAGAUUUUGUCGCCUUCAAUAUUAGGAGGAACAAAGGUAAAGAAUGAGUUUGCAUAUACUCUAAAAAAGAUUAAUGAUUAUCAAGAAGACGAGGAAAAAUUGACCGGUAUACCUGUUGCAUUAGAAGAGGUUCCAGCACCAAAAAUAGAAUACAACGAUGGGGAUUCUACGAUUCAUGUAAAUGAAAGUUUUAUUCCGGGAUCUAUCGCUGUAUUUUCAACUGAAAUCCCAAAGGUAGAUGUUUCGUUAGAUACUUUCGUGAGAGAAGGAGCCGUGGAAGCUUCAUUAGAUCUUGACUUAUACGACUUGAAUGCUUUAAUGUAUCGCGCAGAACCAGAAGAGCGGGAUGCGAGCGAUGGAAGUGAUGGCGUCUAUAGCAUUCCUAAACAUGGCAGCUUAAUCUAUUCCGGUUUCGAAGGUUGGAUUUCCGUAUUAAAGAACGUUAUAUGGCAAAAUGAUCUUGCCCAUCCACUUUGUGAUCACCUUAGAGAAGGCAAAUGGCCACUCGACUAUGUUGUCAAUAGAUUGAAUAAAUAUUCAAAAGACUCUAAAUCGUUGCAAAAAUUUCAAAAUUGGUUAUCUAGCAGAAUUGACGCUAUCAGAAUUGUUCCUUAUUUCUUAAGACCACACUAUUUUGCCUUAAUCAUCGGUGUUGCCUAUGAAGCGUGCAGAUUUAGAAUUUUGAGAUUAUUCCCCAAGGAAAUUCAAGAUGGUACGAACUUUGUACAGAGUUUGGCAUUAACUUCAGUACAGAUGGUAGCGAAAAUGAAAAAGACUUCUUUGAAGAGUAAAGAACAAGUUCCUUGUAUAGCUGCCGGAUUACCACAUUUCAGUAACGAUUACAUGAGGUGUUGGGGUAGAGAUGUAUUUAUUUCAUUCAGAGGAUUACUAUUAGUCCCUGGUAGAUAUGAAGAUGCGAAGCAGCAUAUAUUAGGAUUUGCCCAGACUUUGAAACAUGGCUUAAUUCCAAAUCUUUUAGACGCAGGAAGAAAUCCACGUUACAAUGCUAGAGAUGCAGCUUGGUUUUUUAUCCAGGCAAUCCAAGAUUAUGUAACUCAUGUCCCUAAUGGAACUAGUAUCUUAGACGAAAAAGUUGCAAGAAGGUUUCCAUUAGAUGAUACGUAUAUUCCUUAUGAUGACGAAAAAGCUUUUAGUUAUGAAACCUCAAUUAGAGAUAUUAUAUUCGAAAUCUUACAACGUCAUGCAAAAGGCAUCAAAUACCGUGAAGCGAAUGCUGGACCAAACUUAGAUUCUCAAAUGUCAGAUGAAGGGUUUAAUGUUGAGGUGCACAUUGAUUGGAAAACAGGACUAGUUCAUGGUGGUUCUCAAUCGAAUUGUGGUACAUGGAUGGACAAAAUGGGUGAAAGCGAAAAGGCAGGUUCUAAGGGUGUUCCAGGGACCCCAAGGGAUGGAGCCGCGGUUGAACUUCAAGGAUUAUUAAAGAGUGCUCUCAGGUUCGUUAAUACCUUGCAUAAGGAGAACUUAUUCGAGUAUACUGAGGUCGAACGUGAAGAUGAAACCACAAUUUCGUUAGAGGACUGGGAAGAGCUUCUUAUGAAUAAUUUUGAAAAGUGCUUCUAUGUUCCUGAAGAUCCAAGUGACGACAGCGAAUACGAGAUCGAUUCGCUGGUAGUUAAUAGAAGGGGUAUAUACAAAGAUUUAUACAAGAGUGGUAAGCCUUAUGAAGAUUAUCAAUUGAGGGCAAACUUUCCAAUUGCAAUGGUUGUUGCACCUGAAUUAUUCACUCCUUCAAAGGCAUUGCAUGCUAUUUGUGUUGCUGACAAGGUCAUUAGAGGCCCCGUUGGUAUGAGAACUUUAGACCCAUCUGACUGGAACUACAGACCUAACUAUAAUAACGGUGAGGAUAGCGAGGACUUCGCCACUUCCAAGGGAAGAAAUUACCAUCAAGGCCCCGAGUGGGUUUGGUGUAUGGGUUACUUCUUGCGUGCAUUCCUAUUAUUUCAUUAUGUGAAUUCGAAUGAGUACAAGGAAGGAAAGGAUCCUUCAAUAGGUAUUUUAACUGCUCUCAAUGAGAGACUCCAAGGUCAUAUGAAAUGGAUCAGAGAGAGCGAAUGGUCUGGGUUAACUGAAUUAACCAAUAAAGACGGCGCACUUUGUCCAGAUUCCAGUCCUACCCAGGCUUGGAGUUCAUCGUGUCUUUUGGAUCUUUACUUUGACUUGUGGAACGACCAAGAAUAUCCUUGA